AUGUCUCUCAAGAUAAUUUUCACCAUCAUCGUCAUAACUAGUGUGUUCGCUGAUGAUGAUGUGCUAGUGGACAACUGCAAAAAGCCGUUGGACUUGGGAGAUGCCAAAUGCGACAAGAAGCCGUCACUUCAGUACCAUAUGGAUGCCAAGACUGGACUGUGCAUGGCAUUCACUUACACUGGAUGCGGUGGAAACGAGAACCGAUUCGAUUCGCCAUCGCUUUGUGACUCGUUGUGCUUGCCAGUUGGUUACAUGACUUGUCCGGCAUUCACCGAGAAGCUGAAGAACAAUAAGGGUGGAAACGAUUGCCAAACAGAUGACCAAUGCCCGAAAGAUGGAUACUGUGUUAGAAGAUUGAGCGGCGGAGGCUUCUGCUGUAAAAAGUCUGCCAGAAAGGAUCUCGACGCUGAUUAUGCUUCCAAGUGUUCGGCAUCGGAGCAAAUUGCGAAGGUCGACGGCGACGUUUUGAUCGGAAAAUCGUGCGACUCCAAAUUUUGUCCAAAGGGCGCCAAGUGUGUUCAAGGAAAUUCGCCAGACAUCUCGUGUUCAUCAGUCUGCAACGAAAUGACCGCCAGACGUCUUCUCGCUCUUCAUCUUCUCAUCGUUGUUGUCCAAUUGACGAUUUCAGAAGGAAUUUGCGACAAGCCACUGAAUGAGGGAAGCGAGAAAUGCGAUAAGAAACCAUCGAUUCGAUAUCACAUGGAUCCAAAUAUGGGCAUCUGCAUGGCGUUCAACUACACGGUAUGCGGUGGAAAUGAGAACAACUUCCCCUCAAUGAGCGAAUGGGACGAUUGCACCAAUGAGGGAUUCUGCGCAUUGCCGCCAACAAUCGACGUAAGUGGAAUGUGCUGCGACAAAAAAAUCAAUGAUGAUAUCGUGGCCGAUUACACUUCAAGGUGUUCGUCUUCGGAAGAGGUUGUAGAGGUGGAUCACGAGAAAUUGAUCGGCAAAUCGUGCAAAUCCAAUUUCUGCUCGAAGGGCUCCAGAUGCGUUGACGGAAAAUAUUUCGCGACGUGUUGCGUCAAAAUAUAA